UAUUGUUUCAAAAUUUUCGAAACUGCAUUCAUUCACUUCUAGUUGAGACAGUGAAAUUGAGAGCAAUGAAAGUUUUGGUAGCAUUUUUCUUCUUGGCCGCUGUGGUCUUCGCCAAUGCGGUCCAAGAUGAUGAAGUCCUUAGGAAAUGGAGUGAAUUUCAGGCCACUUAUGGAAAAUCCUACAGGUCACCUGUAGAAGCAAGGAAACGUUUGGCAAUCUUCAGAAACAAUCUGAACCAAAUCGAACAACACAAUGCCCUUUUCGAGGAAGGCAAAACAACCUACACCAAAGGCAUCAACCAAUUCGCCGACUGGACAAAAGACGAAUUUCUUCAAUAUGUAAACAAAGGUUUGAAGAACAAACCAACUGUGGUUGGCCUUCCCUUCAACAGAACCAAAGGAUUUGUCGUUCCUGAAUCUAUUGACUGGAGAACCAAUAAUGUUGUAACAGGAGUAAAAGAUCAAGGACAGUGUGGAUCUUGCUGGGCUUUCAGUUCGACUGGAUCUAUCGAAGGACAAUUGGGAUUGAAAGGAAAUUUGGUUUCUCUCAGUGAGCAGAACUUGAUGGACUGCUCUUGGGAUCAAGGUAACAUGGGAUGCAACGGUGGUUUGAUGACUUCAGCCUUCGACUACGUUAUGCAAAACGGAAUCGAAAGUGAGUCUGACUACCCUUACCAAGAAUACGAUGGAGAUUGCAAUGCUGAUCCCUCUAAAGUUGUCACCAAAAUGUCGAACUACGUCAACAUUGAUUCUGGAUCCGAGCCCGCUCUUCAGGAAGCUGUUGCACAGAUAGGACCAAUUUCUGUUGCUAUUGAUGCUUCUUUCGAACUCCAAUUGUACGACUCUGGAAUUUUGGACGACGGCUCCUGCAGUAGCGAGUCUUUGAACCAUGGUGUUCUUCUUGUUGGUAUGGGAAUAGAAAAUGGUAAGGAAUACUACAUCGUCAAGAACUCUUGGGGAGCCUCAUGGGGAGAAAAAGGAUACUUCAGAUUGGUCAGAAACAAGAAUAACCGUUGCGGUAUCGCAACCAUGGCUACCUACCCUGUUCUUUAAUGAUUUAAUUUAUCCCUGAAUUGAUAUUUCUAGUGAAUAAAUGAUUAUUUUUGCAUGA